AUGGAGUUACAUCAAAACUACAUGCAGUGCGAACGCUCAUGUGAAGGAAUUUCUGGUGCCAUUUCUGGGCAAAAAAAAAUUCUCCGCAGCAAUCUGUCAGUCGAAGUAGAAGGGCCUAAUUUAAAUGCUGUCCACUCUUCUUGCAGUAACCUUAAGAAGCCGUUCGACGUUUCGUACAAUCCGCCGUCUUCCGAUCACUUAAAUCACCUUCUAGCAGACAGCCACAGUACAACAAAGCAGUCACCUGCAAUUCAGAAGCAGAUGUCGGGAUUUGAACGUGCGUGUUAUGAGGACUUUCAGAUGUAUAUUCCAGAAAUCACUGCAGAAACGAAAUUUGCAUCUCCGAGGAAACUCUGUGAAGAGAGUGCAGAUUUUGGUAUUGUUCAUCCAACCAUUAAUCAAGACUUUGCCUUAAACCAUCAUGCAAAUCCAAGCCAUCGAAAAAUUCUACCAAGUGAGACACAUUGCCACUACAAUAAAACAGUGAUGCCUUUUACUUUUAAAAGUUCAACUAACAAGAUUCCCAGAUCACUUGGAAACUGCAGCUACAAUGUGACAGUACCCAGUGCGUGUAGAGAAAGCACAUCAUCAUGGCCUAUAGAAAACAAUAAAGAUUUGCAAUUUUCCCAUGGUUCAAGGCUACUAAAGGGUACGUCACAAGUUUUACCACUGAACAAUGCUGUCAGUCAUUUUACACCACAGCAGCUGUGCCCAACUGUGAGCAUCCGUGUUGAUAUUUCUUGUCCUCUGUUGCCUUGCGGUCACAGCAGGAUGUCAUGCUGUUGCCAAGAUGCUUACGUUACAUCUCCUGAGCAAUCCAGUUAUAGUUACAUAUCAGGAAACUUAGGGCCGGGAAGUAAUGGAGUUAUAAUGUCAGACAACUGUCAGAGUUGUCCUGGAUCUUCUGAUACCAGGGUAAACUCUUUUGCUGGCACUCACAAACUUAGUCAUGCAACAGAUCAUUCAAGAGGUCACAACACAGGCUUUACCAAAAGCCAGUGUAAAUCAAAUGACCUUGUUAAUACUGAUAAGAAGUCAUACCCUCAAAGAUUUGAGACUGUGACCAAAAGUGUGAUUGGAUAUCCACUAUCAUCAAGAGCAAACGAUCACGCAAUUAACAUGUACAGCACCUCCAUGCAUAAUGGUAUCUCCAUGACUCAUUAUCAGCCACCCAGUCAAAAAAUGGGAAGUCAAAUCUACGAUUCUUUUAACUCCAGGGGAGUGAAAUAUGAAAAUGAUAUAAUGCGAGCCAGGAGUAUGGGUUACUCUGCUGAGGAAAAUUCUUGUAUUUCGUCUGAUGAGCACAGUGUGAAAGUUACAAGUUUUCAGAAUGAAGGAACUCAAGGAAAUGAAAGGACCAUGUACUUUCCAAAAACUUCACUAACUUCUUGCCAUGACAUUGUAGAAUUGAGACCCAUUGAUCCAGGAAAGGUUUUCGGUCAGUGUAAGUUUAAAGACAGUGGUAACAUGACCUCAGAUGAGCAAUGUACUUACGCUGAAUCAGCAUCUCACAGCAAAAAAUGGCGAGUAGAUACAUUGAUGGCACUACCAGCUGACAGUCACAGAGAAAUCAAGAGAGAGACAGAAUUAAAUGAAUUAUUGUUGGAUGUGCCAUUGAACCAGCCGUCAUCUCCUAUUGCAAAUCUUUCCAGUUUGGUAGCAAAAAUUGACCCUGAGCAUGGAAACAUUAUGACAGGACAAAAGAACAUAAAAGUGGAAGGUUAGGACUUGUUUUUUAUAAUUAUCAACCCUUUUAGCGUAAAGAGUGAUCAACAUCAAUUCUCUCCUAACAAAAUCAUAUACAUACUCAAGAGAUUAGGUUAUGAGAAUUUAUAAAAUAAUCACCCAAGGGGAAAAUACUUUGAUCUUUUAUAAAAUUUUUUAAAGUAAUUCUUAAAGGGAAUGAAAAUGUAAACAUAGAUAGACUUGAGAGAUUUUGCGAGUAGGAGUAUUAAAGUUUUGUUUUUUCCUGAUACCUUGCUGACAUUUUUUAGUGUUUACAUGUUAAUAUUAGCCUAACAAUGCAUGAGGAAUAAUCCUUAUCAUGCUAUUGCAACUGGCUUUAAACAACCCACAUAUUCAUUCUUGUUUUCUGUGUAUAGGUCGGAGAGGUGAUAUGAUAACUAAGAGGCGUUCUCACUGUGUUUGCCCCAAUUGUAUCAGUGGUCUGAACAGUGCAACACGAAACUUGCAUCAGAGGACACACAGCUGCCACUAUCCUGGCUGCGGCAAGGUACACUUCAUAAUAAAAUAAUAUAGCUCUGAAAGGUAGAAAUUAACACAUUUGUUGAAAGACCUUUAUCAAUCAUGAACUAAUAAAUUGUUAAUUAUACUAGCAAGCAAAGAAACCCUGGCCCUGUUUGAUGCAUAGAAUUCCUUUUUUCUGGACCUGUUUUUAGACUCGUUUUAUACUUUCUGAAGCCAUGAAUCACAUGACGUCAGUCAAAUUAUAAUGCUUUUACCCAGUGAAUUUUACCAGUUUUUCCUUGCUCCAAAAGGUUAAGGCUCAAAAUCUUCAUUACAACAAUUAAAUCAAUCAAUUAAUCAUUAGGCUCAAAACAGAUUAAGACUUUGCCCCUUGAAGGGUGAGUUAUUAACUGUCUUGGUGCUAGUGCACUCACUGUGAAACUCACAAAACCAUGAACACCAGAAAUAUUUAUGGAAUGUUAUUGUGUUGCAAGAAAUAAGCCAAUAAGGCGCAAGAUAACUAAACCGCAAACAGCAACGGUAAUAAGUUUGUGGUUUAGAGGUUUGCUCACUUGUCCUGAACUUUAUUGUGAUUGGCCAGUACACAAUCAACAUUCCUGAAAUUUUUCAGGUGUUCAUGGUUUUCUGAGUUUGACAGUAACAUACACCAACACAUGUAUGAUAAUAAACAAUUAUUGGAUGAGGUUUUUGUGAUAUCCAGAAUAAUCAAGGUAGAGGUAGGCGUUAUCAAUCAAGCCAAAGGUCAAGGUUGAUAAUACUCACCAAAACCUUGAUUAUUCCAAGUAUCAUACUUCCAUUUAUUUGAAGAAAAAUUAAAAUGACAAACACACCGUCUCAAGGAACCUGAAUUGAUAUUGUUAUUUGAUAUCAUGCAUUGCAUGGAAGCCUACAGAUUAGCAGAUAACUAACUAAUCUGUUAGUUGUGCUGAUUUCCAAAAUUAGCUGUGGGCUCUUAGCCAAUGAGAAUACAGAUAAUGAGUACAAUGUAUGAUAAUAAAAUAAAUCUUAGUUCAAAUCUGUUGUUUUUGGCAUCAACCAUUUUGGCCAUGAGGUGUGGUUGUGCUCUCACUCUUAACAGAUAAACAGCAACACCAACAAGAAUAACAGCAUUUGAUUUUCUUGAAAAAUAACAAUUUAUACAGGUAGUAGUGACCCACACCGGUAAUCAUUUAUGACUAUUAAUGCAGAGGAUCAACCUUGGCAUAAAGGGAAAACUAUUUGCAUCAUCUGUAAUCAUUUUUUUGUUCACAGGUUUAUGGAAAAACCUCUCAUUUGAAGGCUCAUUUGCGUUGGCAUAAGGGAGAAAGGCCAUUUGUUUGUAGCUGG